AUCAUAGUAAGAUGGUUCUGGUGUGCUCUAAUGGUACUGGUGUUCUCUAAUGGUACUAUUUUACUGUGUUUGUCUUCAGAGACAUCCUCCCUGGUAGGCAGUCCUUCUGCAGGUGCUACAUCAAUAUUUGUAGGCACAACCAGAGACACCUUUAAUGGCAAGAGAGUAGUGAGGCUAGAAUAUGAAGCUUAUGAACCCAUGGCAAAAAAGGAGCUUGCAAAAAUUUGUCAAGAUAUUCACAAGAAAUGGAAUGUCUUAAAAAUUGCAAUUGUGCACCGAAUUGGACUAGUUCCAAUUUCCGAGGCAAGUGUGGUGAUCGCUAUCUCAUCAGUACACCGCAAAGAGUCACUAGAGGCAGUCCAGUAUUGCAUUGACACACUGAAGGCAACUGUGCCAAUAUGGAAGAAGGAAGUUUAUGAUGAUGGUCAAAGUACUUGGAAAGAAAAUAGUGACUGCUGUAAAACAUAGAUGAGACAAAAGAGAAUUGCUUAGAAUGCUGAUUGCCAUUAAUCUGCAUGAAUAAAUAU